CCCCCUCGGCCUGCCUUCCCCUUCUCCCCGGCGAGCUCGCGAUCAGAUCCUGGGACCGGCGCGCCAGGCAGCUCGCUGCGCAGCGCCUCGGCCGCGCCGUCGGAAGAGGAGGCGGCGGCGGCGGCGAGGAGGGCGAUGCAGAAGCCGGCCGGCCAGAAGGAGCGCCUCUACAAGCUGCUGGUCAUCGGCGACCUGGGCGUGGGCAAGACCAGCAUCAUCAAGCGCUACGUCCACCAGAACUUCUCGCCGCACUACCGCGCCACCAUCGGCGUCGACUUCGCGCUCAAGGUGCUCAGCUGGGACCCGGAGACGGUGGUGCGGCUGCAGUUGUGGGACAUCGCGGGUCAGGAAAGGUUUGGGAACAUGACGCGAGUCUAUUACCGAGAAGCUAUGGGAGCGUUUAUCGUCUUUGAUGUGACGAGGCCGGCAACCUUUGAAGCAGUCACCAAAUGGAAGGAGGAUUUGGACACUAAGCUGAGUCUCCCCAACGGCAAACCGGUGCCGGCGGUUCUCUUGGCAAACAAAUGCGACCAGGGCAAAGAGCUGCUGGUGAACAACGGCAUCAAGAUGGAGCAGUUCUGCAAAGAGAAUGGCUUUGUGGGAUGGUUCGAAACGUCAGCAAAGGAAAACAUAAACAUUGACGAAGCUUCCAGGUGCUUGGUGAAACAUAUCAUUGCUAGCGAGAGCGACCCAGUGCAGCCCGUCGAACCCGAUGUCGUCAAACCGCACUUGAAUUCCUCCAAGCUCGUCAGCUGCUCAGCUUGCUUUAAGUCCUAAAUAACUUCCGAGCUGUUUGUGGACACUGGAACUGAGCAAAUAACUCACGAGAGAAAAGCGUCUCCACGUAGCCCAGCCUUUGCUACUCCAGAACACGAAACCAAGAUCAGGAAAUUCGCAUUCUUCCCAAACAUGCGGUUGAAAAAAAUAUAUAUAUCAAAGUUGUUGCUUUAAAUUUUUUUGGAUGGUUUGCCUUGUAGGGCCCCCACAAAUGUUUGAUAUUCACAGUCUGGGCUAUUUCUUUGAAUCAUCACCACUCAGCCAAGGUGCUCUCUUUAAGAAGGCUGAGAUAUUACAUUCAUUGCUUCUUUUGUGAAUACCUGCUUGAGGGAGACUUUAAAAUUUGCUUUCUGGGGAUACAUCACAGUUACAAGCAUACCCACAGAAAGCAAAAUUAUUUUUUAAAAGAGUUGAAUAUUCCACGGCUAUUUUGCGAAAAUAUAUGAUGGGGUUAAAUGCAAUAUUUCUUCUAGGGGUUUUUAGUGGGCGGGGGUGGAAUAGAUAUAUUUUGCUCUGCAGCUCUGCAGCCCAGUGACAUGAGCUCUAGAUUCUGGCAGUAUUUCCUACUGCUUAGAUGAGUCAUUUGGGAAUCAGAAGUCUGCCUUGGGGACAAGCAGAUGUUUUCAUUACUGUUCUGAGGGUUGGCUCUGCUUCACGUCCCACUCUGCCUGCCUCCUGGUAUAACCAGUGCCGAAAAUUAAUUCCAAGUGUGUCUUAUGCUGCAGUUUUUCAUUUGUGCCCUUUCCCCUUUCAGGUUUCUUUCGGGCACAAAAAUAAACCUUAGCAAUGUACAAUC